AAGCAAUGAAAGCUCUGAAGAAGAUGAUAAAAUUAAUGAAACUGAUAUGUACGAUGGAGAUAUAUCUAUAAACCCUUCUUUUUUGCCUCCAAAGAGACACACUCUUGAAGAACUAAUUGAGUUUUUACCAGAAAACAUUAGCUUUGAUGUUGUCCAGGUUGAUUUUGAGGGGAAUUUUUCUUAUAAAGCUCUUUUACCUAAGCGUACAGUAUGGGAUAUUGAGUUACAGCUUAUGGCAUAUGAUUAUGAUACAUCUCAGAGCGAACUAUUGUUUUUAAAUGGAUCUAGUGACAUUAUUCCAAAUGUUUAUGAGGGAGGCUAUAAAACAUGGGAGUGUAGCUAUGACUUGAUGGAAUAUGUGAGAAAAACAUCAUUAAAAUACAGUAAAGUUCUUGAGCUUGGAUGUGGUUCUAGUUUGCCAUCAGUAGUAUUAUUUAUAGAAACACUUGUUAAUUCAAGGGAACAAGCAGUAAAUUUCACUUUACAAGAUUACAAUGUAUCUGUAUUGAAAUUUUUAACUAUACCAAAUCUAUUUUUGGCAUGGGCAAUAGUAAAAAAUCAAGAAAUAGCAUCUAUGAAGGAAAUGAAUAUAACAAAUACAAUAAAAGAAGAGUUUCUUUGUGAUUUAAGGGAAAGGAAAAUAACAAUAAAUUGUAUAUCUGGAGGAUGGUGUGAUAAAAUGAAUGAUUUAAUUCUAGAUAAACAUGAUUUAAUACUUGCUUCUGAAACUAUUUAUUCAAAACAAAAUUUAGACACAUUUAUUAAUAUAUUGGCAUAUAAUAUUGGAAAUUAUAAAGAAGGUAAAGCUCUUAUUGCGGCAAAAAAGACAUAUUUUGGACUAGAUGUUUCAAUUGAAGAUUUUGUACAAAAAUUAAAAGACUUUAAUUUAAAUUAUUCUUACGUAUAUGAAAGUAUAAAUACUGGUAUUGUACGUGUAAUACUUAAUAUAGAAUGUCUUUUAUAAAUCUUCAAUAUUUUCCUAAAAAUUCUUGUAAAA